AACGUCGGCGGCAAUCGCCCGCUGCACCAUCCAAGGGUUAAGCACAGUCAGCUGUUUUUUACGAGCAAAGUUCAUCGUGUUCAGGUUUUGUGAUUGCCGAAUAAUUACCUCCGAUUAGAUUGUUUAUGAAAUCUCAACGGGCGGAUAACUAAUUUCGCCAUGCUUCGGUCGGGCGGCCGAAUAAUUUUUACCAGGCUCCACAGCAGCAUGAAAGUGAAAGUUCCAGUGAAGCAAGGUGUUGUGGUGGGUCAACAAAAGAAACUGACCAAUGGAUUGGUGUACAAUAGUUUCCUGGGUGUUCCCUAUGCAGAACCUCCAGUGGGAGAGCUCCGUUUCCGAAGCCCCCGCCCAAUUCAAAAAUUUGAGGAGCAGGAACUGGACUGCAGCAAGGAGCGAAAAGUGUCCCAUCAGCGAGACCCCUUCACCUUAGAGGUGGCUGGCUCCGAAAAUUGCCUCUACCUUAAUGUUUACGCACCUAAGGUCAAGAGUUCGGUCUCUGCUCUGCCUGUCAUGGUCUGGAUUCAUGGAGGAGGAUUCUUCUUCGGCAAUGGCAAUAGUGAUUUCCACUUUCCCGGCAAGCUCAUGGAGCAGGAUGUUAUUGUGGUCACCCUGAACUACCGACUGGGAGCACUGGGUUUCCUUAGUUUACCCGAGGAAGGAAUCCACGGGAACAUGGGGCUCAAGGAUCAGCGUCUGGCCCUCCAGUGGGUGCAGGAGAACAUAGCCAGCUUCAAUGGCGAUCCCAAUAAUGUAACCUUAUUCGGUGAAAGUGCGGGCGGUGCUUCAGUGCAUCUGCACACUUAUGCCCGCCAUGCCAACCGACUGUUCCACAAGGCCAUUAUGCAGAGUGGAACGGGCAACAUGGAGUGGGCGUUCCAGAACGAGGCUGCUGUCAAGACCCGACGCCUGGCGGAGCUACUGGGUGGCGGUGAUUUUGGUAGCGACAAUAAGGCACUUCUAAGCUUCCUGCAGUCGGAGAAGGUUACACCCACAGCCAUUUUGGCAAACACAAUGAAAGUCCUAACAGCCGAUGAGCGGCGACGACACUUGCCAUUUGCCUUCAAACCAGUUGUGGAGGAUAGUAGCAGUCCGGACAGCUUCAUUGACCAGAACAUCAUGGAGCUCAUGCACAAAAAGGACUCCCUAGGAGGAAUGCCAGUAAUUAUGGGCUACAACUCGGCCGAGGGUCUGGCCAUGGUGGUGAAGGCCAAGCAGAAACUGGAGGCCUACGAGGAUGAUUUGGCCAGAAUGGUUCCCCGCAAUCUGGUGCUGGAUCCACAGUCUCCCGAGGUACAGGAAGCUGCCUCAGACAUAAGAGCCUUUUUCUUCAAUGGCCAGGCGCUGUCCAAAGAGAACCUGGACAACUUGGUGGAUCUGUUCACUGAUUACCACUUCAACAUGGACCUACAGCACGCAGCGGAGAUCCACGCGAACUGCCAGGAAAAAUCUCCUCUGUAUUUCUAUCGCUUGGACUAUGUGGGCGGUCGUAAUAUGUACAAGAAAAUCUUCCAGAACGAGGAUUUGCGUGGAGUGGCCCACGCUGAUGAUAUUUGCUAUGUCUUCCAAAUGGCUGGAGAUGAGUCCGAGAUGAGAAAGGAUGACAUGCUGGUUACGGAACGACUUUGCCAGAUGUGGGCGAAUUUUGCUCGCGAUGGAAAGCCAUCGGAAAGUUGGACUCCGGUUCAGAAACCCCAGUCUGGCAAACCCUUCCAGCUGGACUGCCUACUCAUCGAUCGGGAGCUUAAGAUGUGCGCCAAUCCGGAUGGCGAACGGAUGGACUUUUGGCGGAGCAUGUACAGAAGAUACAGGAACAAGUGCUACGAAGCUCUGAGAGCUAAACUUUAAAUCAUUCUUAAUAAGCAAGAAUCUAAGCAUCUACUUCUAAUAAAUAACCCUCAUUAAAUGA